AUGGGCAGUCUUAUCUCCGUAUCAGUCACGUCUUCAACUCCACAGCUCAUCGAAGAGCUCGAUAACUCCAGUUCGAUGCCUUACGAGCGACCUCAUCCUCAAGAGACGUUCCAUCAAACUUCGAUCGCCAGGGAUUCGUUCUAUGGCAGGAUCCAAGCCAUUUAUUCGGAACGGGUGCUCAAGACGCAGCUUGAACAGUUGCGACAGCAAGGCAGUUACGAGGCAUUCAAACUUGGUUGGCACCCUAAAUACGAUAUUCACAAGGUUCAAGGCGGGAAAUGUACGGUCGAAAGUCCUCCUACUCUGUUCUGGGAUUCGGAUGUUGGUAAAUGGAUCGAAGCAGCUUGUUAUUUCCUCGGCACUCCCGAUGGGGAACGAUCCCCGCACACCCCCGAGUUUGUCUCAGCCAUCGACGAACUGAUCACCAUGAUGGGCAAAGCCCAAAGACCGGAUGGGUAUCUUGGUACUUACUUCACUGUUGUGGACAAAGCGGGAAGACUGAAAAAUCUCAGGGAUAUGCAUGAGAUGUACAAUUGCGGCCAUCUGCUCGAGGCGGCUUUAGCCCACCACCGAUGGUCUGGAAACCGGAAGUUUCUUAAUAUUAUGCUCAAGUAUAUCGACCUCUUAAUGAAGACCUUUGGUCCCGGAAAGCAUCAGCUUCAUGGCUACCCAGGUCAUCCAGAGCUGGAGCUUGCUGUAUUGCGACUUUACAGCGAAACUCGAGACCCUCGUCAUUACGCUUUUGGUUGUUACCUUGUUGCUACUCGCGGUAAACGCGAACCUUCGUUAGGGGGAAAACCUUUUUUUGUCUGGGAGGCUGAACAACGCAACGAUUCCUUCUUUCACGCUACGAUGGCCUCAAUCGAUGAUGGACGAUAUCACCAGUGGCACGCCCCGCUCGGGGAGCAAAAUACAAUUCUGGGACACUCUGUUAGGGCGUUGUACCUCCUCGCUGCUGCUUCCGAUCUUGAUGGGAAGUUACUCGAAGAUGCCAAGAGGCUGUGGUCUGACUGCGUGGAUAACAAGAUGUAUGUCACCGGUGGCAUUGGCAGUAUUCCCGAUAUCGAAGGUUUCUCCGAGAUUCCUCACUUCCUGCCCAACGGUCAUGACGAGGGAGGAUGUUAUGCCGAAACAUGCGCUAGUAUCGCCUGUAUGAUGAUUUGCGAGCGAUUGCUCAGUCACGGGCCGAGUGUGAAGGCGAGGGACGUCAUGGAGAAAUGCUUGUUGAACAACGUAUUGGGUGGAGCUAGUCUUGACGGGAAGCAGUUUUACUAUGAUAAUAAGUUAGCGACGUGUGGGGAGGAGAAUGCGGACAGGUCGGAUUGGUUUGAGGUAUGUUGUUGUCCGCCGAAUCUCACCAGGACAAUGGGCUUGUUGGGAGGUUAUAUGUGGUCGGUCAAGACGAAGGGAAAGGUAAUAUCUUUGGAUGUCUAUCUCUAUAUAUCGGGUAAGCGGACUGUGAAGCUUCCAAACGGAGAGAUCGCGGUGUUGGAGAUGGAGACCGAAAUGCCUUGGAAUGGGAAAACAACUUUGCGAGUUCAAGCACCAGUGGGAUACGAAUGGAUCAUACGAAUUCCGAAGCCAGAGUAUGCUAUCAAUUUUAGGAUAUCACCUGAAAGCUUGGAACGGACGAUCGAUGCAGGAAGUUACGACGCUCUGUCGCUUCCUGCUCAGAGUACCAUCUCCAUCACUUUCGAUAUGCCUGUGCGCCUGCUCGCUCCUCACUCUGCUACUCAUCAGGACACCAUCGCCAUCGCCCGGGGUCCAAUUAUCUACACCGCCGAGUCUUACGAUAACAGUAGUCUGGAAGGUGAAUACCGCCAUUUUGAAGGAAUUGGUCUGCUUGAAACGACCACUUUCGAGGAGAUACCAAUGGAGAUCGGAAACAUCCCUAUGAUCGGACUCAUUUCACACCAAAAUGUUCACGCGAAGAAACUCAUAGGUAGGAAAGAGAUUGGGUCCAUGACUGUCAUCAGUGGGGAGAAGAAGUGGAUCGAGAAGGAGGUAAAGUUAAAACUGGUUCCAUUCUUCGCCAGGUCCAACAGGGAUUCAGGUGGUAGGCUACGGACUAUGUUCCCCAGAGUGGCUUUUAGUGAUAUUGAGUGGAUGAAAACUCCAGCAGAAGAUCAAGUGCAUCAAUCAUGA